GUUACCAUAAACAUUAAUGACCAUAUGUCCUGGUUGCCAUCUCAACACUAUAUAUAUAUAUAUAUGAAGUUAUUAUUAUAUAUACAUAUCUAUCUAUGUAUAAGUAACUUCAUUAUAUAACAUGUAUAUUACUAAAGCCACUCACUGCUUAUCAAUAUUGUAAGGAUCCACCUAAGAAAACUAAAAUUUCAUACAAAAUGUUAACACGUUCACCUGAUGACUUUGAACACUUUUAUAAUAUACCAUCUUAUUCAAUAUUCACAAAAACACCGAAUGUAUCACCAGCUAAUUCUUUUAUCCAACAACAUUAUCAUUGUAAUGAAGAACAACAAUGCAGUCAUACUACUGAAAUUCGAAAUAGAAUUCGACAAAACAAAUCAUUUAGUCGAACAAAUAAAAUGCCUUACAAGUUACUCCCAGAUCGUUGGUCAUUAAAGAGUACUGACUUCAACAACCCUCUAGAAAUAAAUGGCCAUAAGGUGGGAAAUAAUCUCCAUGAAGAAAAAGAGAUAUUCAGAGUAGACAAACUCAACAGCGUAAUUCCAAAACCUAUCACGGUGGCCUUAUCAACAUUUAUGCCAAAUAAUUCGGAUAAUAAUCAUCCUAAACCACUGAAAAACCCAACCAUUAACAGUCAACAUACUAAAACUCCACUCACAACACGAAGAGACACCAAAGACAUAUUGCACCAAUCUGAUAUCUCAAAAGAAGUUGAUAAUACCAGAUAUCAUUGCCAAACACAACAAAGUACACCUCCUCUUAACCAACAACGCCAGUAUGGUCGAACCAACUUGAUCUCAGGUUACCGAGGAGAAUCUCCACCGCGAAGAGGUAGGAGUGAGACUUCCAGUGCAAGGACAGAACAUAGGGGAGGAUUAUUCAAUGUUCAUAUGAAUAACAGGACUAAAGCACCCUACUAUAUAAUACAUCCAGAAUGGUUAAGCGAAACAAUGACAAUAUGCCAACUUGGAUUAUCACCUAGACCAACUCCAUUACCGAUAACCAAUGGAUUAAGUGACGAACGAACAAAAAAAUACAAUCAGAUAAAUUCACCUAGUCCAAAUCAUUCGAGCAGAAGUGUGUGCACUGAUUCGGGACAAUCACCUCUUAAUCGUUGCAAAAGUUUACCACCAAAAACAGUUAAUCCAAUAACAUGGAACUGUUAA